AUGAAAGGUAAUCAUGCACUGCCAAACAACCACUUCAGGAAGACAUCGUUGAAGAUAAAGGUGCAUCAUGAUCCGGAAACAAAGCAGAGUGUGAUGAGGGAGAAGCGCCUUCAGAAGGCAAAGAGCAUGUAUCCGAUGCCGCUAGAGAAGCUGAGACCGGUAGUGAGAUGCCCUACGGUGUGCCACAACAGGAAGGAGAGACUUGGAAGAGGAUUUACGGCUGCUGAGUGUGAAGGAGCAGGGAUUGACUAUAGAUAUGCCAGAAGGCUUGGGAUAUCGGUUGAUCUGAGGAGGCGAGAUGAGAACAAAGAGGCGAUGAGUAAGAAUAUUGAGAGGAUUAAGGCAUAUAUGAGUAAGAUCACAAUACACGAAAGUGUUAGUGAAGCAAGGGAGAAGGGAGCAAAGCUGUUUACGGAUGUGAUCAUGCCAUAUGUGAAGCCGAGCCUGGUUGUUCAUAGCAUUUCAAAAGAAGAGAUUGCGUCAUAUGAAUAA